AUGGAUAAUACCGAAUCACGCAAACGACCUGCAUCGGAAAUGAGCGACAAGGAUGAGAACAGCAACAAGCGACCUCAUAUACCCGAGAGACGUGAAACUACCAUCUUUGGCAUCAAACCAGUCGACGACAUUGUACAAUACGUGGCCGAUUUUAUAGCAACCCAUUGCGAUCAGGAGAAUGUCGAAAUCGAAGGAAAGCUGGGCCUGUUGAUAGACAAGCAAACUCGACGACGGAUCAAUAUGAAUGCGGUGACUGAGACAGUAAUUGGUGCUGGACUGGAAGGCCGAGUACGAUUUGAAUCCAAUAUGCCAUUAGCUCAGCACAAGCAUUUCAAUGAGAUGCUCAAUGCGCUUGUGACCAAGUCUAAUGCACGUGGCUAUCGGGGUGAGCGAAUUCAUUACAAGCACACAUAUGAAACGGAUCGGUUUUAUCAUCCAAACAACAAUGCAAGAACCAAAUGGCGUGUUACUACAAAUCAGCAAACAGGACAACUUGUGGAAAAUGGCAUCAUUGAAAAGAUACGCGUGGCCGAUCUCAACAUUCAUGCACCUACACAACCACUGGACUAUAGAAUAUCAAUCAACCUCGAAAUCCCACGCCCCAAACCCACCGGCAAUCCUGUCUUUGAACGAAACAAGGAUCGCGUUUCUUAUAAACAUGGAGGAAUACAUUUUGAUCUUACACAGGUCAAAGGUGCAGCGGACAAGGAUCCCGAUGUGCGUCACGAGCUUGAAUUAGAGAUUAUGGAUCCAGCACAGCUUGCAAGAGAAAGGUCGAAAAUGGCCAGAGGAGAACCAUCGCAUUAUUUGGAUACCAUUGAAUCAUUUGUAAACAACAUACGCAUUUUAUCGAGGAAAGCACUCAAGAUCCCACAUAAUACAUAA